CUUCUUGCUGCAGAAGUUUUCUCACAGCCAGAUCUCUGUCAGGAUCAGAAGAAACGGGCUGUAUUCCAAUUCAUUAAAGCUCCUUUGCCAGCUGCUGGCACACAACUUUAACCAACCCGUCCCACUUGAAUUUGAGAGGAUCACCACCGUCGCUAUCACCCGCAUUUCCAAGGAUGAGGCACGCAACACUAUGCUGGCUGAAGGGCGUGUCCCUGCUCCUGCUUCUCCAGACAGCCACUUCCAUGGUGAUGCUUCCUAACUCCACGGGCUGGCAGCAGAUUCUGGACAAGUAUUUGGAUGAAGAUGGGGACUGGUGGGAGGCCAAGCAGAGGGGGAAGAGGGCUAUCACCGACAGUGACGCACAGCUCAUCCUGGACCUUCACAACAAGCUCAGAGGCCAGGUCUACCCUCCUGCUUCCAACAUGGAGUAUAUGGUGUGGGACACAGAGUUGGAGCGUACAGCAGAGGAGUGGGCCGAGACCUGUUUGUGGGAGCAUGGUCCUGCUGGUUUACUGCCACAGAUUGGACAGAACCUGGGAGCGCACUGGGGAAGAUAUCGUCCACCCACGUUCCAUGUGCAGGCCUGGUAUGAUGAAGUGAAAGACUUCUCUUUCCCUUACCCUCAGGAGUGUAAUCCCUAUUGCCCCUUCAGAUGCUCUGGCCCAGUUUGUACUCAUUACACACAGCUGGUCUGGGCCACCAGCAGUCGCAUUGGCUGUGCCAUCAACUUGUGUUACAACAUGAAUGUGUGGGGACAGAUUUGGGCCAAAGCUGUCUAUCUUGUCUGCAACUACUCACCCAAGGGAAACUGGUGGGGGCAUGCGCCUUACAAACAUGGCACCCCAUGCUCUGCCUGCCCCCCCAGCUAUGGAGGUGGCUGCAGGGACAACGUCUGCUACAAAGAUGACAGUUCCUAUCCUCCACAAGAGGAAACAGAAGAAAACAACUUCAUCGAGCAGGAGGCCCCCCGUACUCCGCAGAAGCCCUGGUCCCGGCCCUCCAAAUCAGAGCCUCCCAGUCUCCCCGCCCCAGCUCCCACCAAGCCCCCCACAGAGGACCUGCAGAAGAAUGAAGUGGUCAACACACAGCAGAUGUCUCAGCUUGUGACCUGUGACACUAAACUUCGGGAUCAGUGUAAAGGAACGCCAUGCAAUAGAUAUGAGUGUCCUGCUGGGUGCCUAGAUGCGACGGGAAAAGUAGUUGGGACGGUAUACUAUGAAAUGCAAUCCAGUGUGUGCAGAGCUGGUCUACAUGCCGGUGUUAUAGAUAAUGAUGGAGGGUGGAUGGAUGUAACACGACAAGGCAGAAAGGAUUUUUUCAUCAAAUCCAACAAGAAUGGGGUCCAGUCUUUAGGAAAAUAUCAAAGUGCUAAUUCCUUCACAGUUUCCAGAGUCGCAGUCAAAGCCAUCACAUGUGAGACCACAGUUGCACAGCUGUGUCCAUACCAAAAGCCCGCAAAACACUGUCCAAGGGUAUACUGCCCGAGAAGCUGUUUAGAAGAGAAUCCACACAUAUCCAGAGUAAUUGGCACCGGAAUAUACUCUGAUAAGUCCAGUAUAUGCCGGGCAGCAGUCCACGGCGGAGUCGUCAGGAACGAUGUGGGUGGAUACAUUGAUGUGAUGCCAGUGGACAAACGAAAACACUACAUUGCUUCAUACCAAAAUGGCAUUGUCUCAGAGAGCCUUCAAAACCCUCCUGGAGGGAAGGCGUUCCGGGUGUUCGCUGUGAUUUGAGUGGCCCCAGAGGGCGGCUUCGCCAAACAGAAAGUGCACUUGUGCUGUUGAAUAGGCGGUAAUCAAGCCCUGUUGUCAAACUCAAUGAGUGAAAUGUUUCUGGCUUUGCUACACACCAGGGGUUAGGGGUCGUCUCCAUGACAGUGUAAACCCAGCAACAAAAACUUGACACAUACACAAUAAGAACCUGUUUCUUCUCCCUUGCAUGGAGUUUUAAUUUUGUCAUCCUUGGCGGUGAAAUUUUAUAAACUGUAAAUAUCUCUGAAUGGAUUGCUACAGUAAUAUUAUGUUGUACAUAUUUGUUAAUAAUAUUACACAUGUUUUGUCUUUGUGCCAUUGCCUUUUUAACAAAUAGCUCUGUAUGAAUACUGACUAUAGAAAUCCUAUGAUAUAACAUUAUAAUGGCACUUAAGGAUGAAUAUCAUUUUUAUUGUCUGGCACAUUUUUACUGGUGCUCUGGAGAGGUGUCUCGUCAUGUUUUGUACUUUUUUAAUGAUUGGAGAACAGAUUGUUAUACAUAUAUUUUUAUAUGAUUAUGCUUUACAUCGAUAUGA